UCAACGAAGCAAUGCAUACUGUUGUGAAUUAACAUUAAUGUUAUUUCCGCUUUUUCAACGUGUCUGCAUGUAUUUGACAUUUCUUUGAAUCACACUUUGCUCUCUCGAUGUCUUUUUUAUAAUAAAAAUUGAUAUCCGAUUACGCAGAUUCUUCCUUCUUUCAGUGUAUUGGAAUGUAUACGAAAUGUUAUUUAGUGUAUAUGCGAAAAGAGGCGGAUUAGCAAGAGAGUGAAAGUGACCGACUGCCGUCGUAUUUACAUCAGACUUUAGUCUGUUAACUUUACGCGCGAAAAUGGCUUGCGUAAAGUAACAACUAAUGAAAGAAAGUGUAGAGGAAAAAAGGUAUAUUCCCGAGAAACGUUUAUUACACGAAAGUUUAGAUAAACUUUCCUGUAAUUUUUUAAUCAAACACUUAUCGCUUCGUAUAACUAAAAGACCAAACUUUUGGAAAUACAAUAGACUGUGUAUCGUGUAUCAUUUCGUGAGUGGCAUUAUAUUGCUAGUGAUAAAUGCAGUAUUCUGAUUUAAUUUAUUUAUUUGACAAGUGACUUUAUCAAGUCUGAAAAAGUCACAUGCUUUACAUUUUUAUGUCGUAUUCUAUUUAUUGAUCAUGAUGCAAGUCUAUGUACUCCUUUUAGUGACACUUUGUGCAACACAUGCAUUCUUUCUUUUUUUCUUUUCGUUAACGAGAAAUGUGGAAAGAUGCUAGGAAAAACUGAUUUGCUAUCGUGCAGAUAAAAUUAUAACGCGCUCAUAAGAAUUAUUUCGUUAUAUUGUUUAAAGCAAAACAAAGCCAACCAAUUAUUCAUUGUUACUCAUUAAUAACGCGUUUCCGCAAAAAUAUAAAUAAAUUUAAACGGAAUCGUAAUUCGCGUAUUACGUGUGACUGCAAUAAUAUGCUAUUCAAAUUAUCAAUGUAAACAAUAUAAUGAUUUAAUAAUAACACUGUAUUUUCGAUUUGUUGAAAAUGGAAAUUUUGCGUUGCAAAGUUUUCUAUAUAGCUUUACAUAUAAAUGACAGAAUCAUGUAUCGAGAGAACAGACCGCGCUCUGCGUGCUUCAUCCUACCGCUUUUAGAUUAUCGCUUCUUAUUCUACGCGGAAGCAGACUCAAUCAUGCUCCAAUCUUCACAAGACUGUAUCAUUUUUUGUCGUGAGCGUACAAAAAGUAGUGACGUUCAUGCGAAUGUCAUGCGGUUACCACACUAUUGCUGGCUAGGGUGGGCAGGUGGGUGGGUGGGUAGGUAGGUAGGUAGGUAGGUAGGUAGGUAGGUAGGUAGGUAGGUGCGCGUAUAUGUAACCACAGGAAGAGAAUACUUUCACUGACAGAGUGCGGCUGGGAGCCUUCGGGAAGGACAAGAAGAAAACUAAGCACAAAUGAGAACGACAAGGACGGUGAGAGUGAAAUGGAUGGAGGUAUAUUGGUGCAGUACCGUGCCGUUCUUCCGACUAUCAUUACCGACUCCACAGCGGACACUCGACUGUUGUCGCGUCACCCGGUGAGCUUCCAAUAUCCAGAGACUCCUUCCGAACGAAGCAGUAUGGAAGCGAUCCAUCGAAAUCAAUGGAAGCGUCAUGAAAGGUAUAAACAUCGACGUGUCCUUCAAUGUUCGUGAGACUGAAAGGAUCAGUAUAUAAAGUCUCUAUUGCAAUAUUUCAUUACGACAAACAAUGGAGCUCAAUGAGACAGCGAGAUCCAACUAAAGAUUAAUUAAAAAGGCAAAUUAAAUUUUUGCCAAAAUGGUUUUUAGCGCAAUAGUGGUGACCUCGGCCUUGAAGGGCGCUAUCGGCUUAAUGGGUACAGGUUUAUGGCUCGUACCAUUGUUAAUCGCGGGUCUCUCUUACUAUCGUUACGAUCAAUUAGAUCCUGAAAGUCGACCCAUCGACAGACACUCUCUCUACUCCGACUAUGACUUUAUUGUGAUUGGGGGCGGAUCGGCUGGAGCGGUAAUUGCCAGUCGAUUGUCGGAGGUACCAAACUGGAACGUGCUGUUGCUAGAGGCCGGUCCAGAUGAAAACGAGAUUACAGAUGUGCCGUCUUUAGCUGCAUACUUGCAGUUGAGCAAGUUGGAUUGGAAGUACAAGACCGAGGCUACAGGUAAGGCUUGCUUGGCUAUGAAGGGCGGUCGUUGCAAUUGGCCACGCGGCAAAGUUCUUGGGGGCAGCAGUACCCUGAAUUACAUGCUGUACGUGCGCGGUAAUAAACAAGACUACGAUCAUUGGGAGUCGCUAGGUAAUACCGGCUGGGGAUAUGACCAGGUUCUCUAUUACUUCAAAAAGUCAGAAGACAAUCGGAAUCCAUACUUGCGGAAUAGUCCUUAUCACGCAACCGGUGGCUAUCUAACAGUACAAGAAUCGCCAUGGAAGACGCCCUUAGUGGUCGCUUUUGUUCAAGCUGGCAUUGAAAUGGGAUACGAAAAUAGGGACAUAAAUGGCAAAAAGCAGACGGGCUUUAUGAUAUCGCAAGGAACUAUUCGCAGGGGAAGCAGAUGCUCCAGCGCGAAGGCUUUCCUGCGACCUGUACGAUUACGUAAAAACAUUCAUACAGCUAUGAACAGCCAUGUGACAAGAAUCGUGAUUGAUCCGUUAACUAUGAGAGCGACUGGCGUCGAGUUUGUCAGGAAUGGUCGCAGACAGAUGGUGAGAGCGCGCAAGGAGGUGAUAUUGUCAGCAGGUGCCAUCAACAGCCCUCAGAUUUUGAUGCUCUCAGGGAUCGGACCGAAGGAGCAUCUACAAGACGUUGGUAUUCCUGUUAUCAAAGAUCUUCAAGUCGGCGAAAAUCUUCAGGAUCAUAUAGGCAUGGGCGGUUUGACAUUUUUGAUCGAUAAGCCGGUCGCCAUAAUUCAAGAUCGUUUUCAGGCGGUUCCAAUGAUGAUGCACUACGUGGUUAACGGCCGAGGCCCCAUGACGACUUUGGGUGGUGUUGAAGGUUACGCCUUUGUUAAUACAAAGUAUGCCAAUCACUCUAUCGAUUAUCCGGACGUACAAUUUCACAUGGCGCCAGCCUCCAUUAAUUCCGACGCGGGGGUCCAAGUUCGGAAAGUUCUAGGGCUAACGGAUCAAGUAUACAACACCGUCUACAGGCCGAUUACUAAUCGAGACGCCUGGACCAUCAUGCCUCUUCUCUUAAGGCCCAAGUCUCGUGGCACUAUACGUUUGAGAAGUUCUAAUCCUUUUCACAAUCCUAUCAUUAAUGCGAAUUACUUUUCCGAUCCCCUGGACAUUGCCAUCUUGGUGGAAGGUGCGAAGCUUGCGAUCAAAGUCAGCGAGGCGAAGGUCUUUAAACAAUUUGGCUCGAGAGUUCAUCGCGUCAAGCUGCCGGGAUGCAAACAUCUUAAAUUCGGCACCGAUGCUUACUGGGAAUGUCACAUUCGACACAUCUCUAUGACAAUCUAUCAUCCUGUAGGCACCACCAAGAUGGGACCGCCGACCGACCCUACUGCCGUGGUGGAUCCGAGAUUGCGGGUUUACGGUGUCACGGGUCUUCGAGUUAUCGACGCAUCAAUCAUGCCGACGAUAUGCAGCGGCAACACAAAUGCGCCUGUCAUUAUGAUCGGUGAGAAAGGCGCUGAUCUCAUUAAACAAGAUUGGUCAGCUACCAUCGUCGACAACUAAUCGUAGAACAGUAAAUCAAGCGAGCUUGAAAGGGAUUGAGAGAAAAGCGAUUUGAAUUUGACUCAAAAUAGAUUAUUAUAAUAUAACGAUUCGACUUGUUCAUAGAACGUUUCUACUAUUUACGCAGGCAUAUUGCAUAGAAGCGAUUAUUAUUUCUAAACAAGAGAGAAAAAGAGAGAAGAAUGUUUCAAAGACGUUAAUAAAUUGUAAAUUGUAAUAUUAUAAUAUCUACGUGCGAUACAUUGCAACUGACGUGUCUAACCGAUCGUGUCGUAAUAGUUAUAUGACCAAUAUGUGUUUCAUGUCUUAAUUUCGCAUGUGUUUGUCAAUCAAUAUAAUUGUGUUUAUAAUUAUUCUAUGCGCAUUAAAUGUAAUGUGCAGUAAAAGUAAUAUAUAUGAUAUAUAGACAACAUAUAGCGUGGUAGUUUUGAUUAUCUAAAAUUAUAAUUAUAAUUACACAGAAAAUUUUGUAUACUUGAUAAGUUAUUGAUGGCAGACAGAUAGAUAGAUAGA